AAGCUGGGGCGACACGUGAACGCGGACUUUAAAAGUACGCGCACGUUUCGUGGACGUAAAUACGUCAGUGGAGCGCGCCCUCGUUCUUUCUUUCUCUCGUCCUGAAGAUGGCGGCAGGGACUCUGUACACGUACCCAGAGAACUGGCGGGCCUUCAAGGCCCAGAUUGCAGCCCAGUAUAGUGGGGCUCACCUCAAAGUUGCCAGCAACUCCCCUGCCUUCACCUUCGGGCAGACGAACCGUACUCCUGCCUUCCUCAACAACUUCCCCCUGGGCAAGGUACCCGCCUACCAGGGAGAUGACGGCUUCUGUCUGUUUGAGAGUAAUGCCAUUGCUCACUACUUGAGCAAUGAUGCCCUGCGUGGUGCCACUCCCCAGGCCGCAGCCCAGGUGCUGCAGUGGGUGAGCUUCUCUGACUCAGAGAUCGUCCCUCCAGCCAGCGCAUGGGUCUUCCCCACUCUGGGAAUCAUGCAGUUCAACAAACAGGCCACAGAGCAGGCCAAGGAGGACGUGAAGAGGGUCCUCGCAGUGCUGAACCAACACCUGAACACUCGUACCUUCCUGGUGGGAGAGAGGGUCAGCCUCGCAGACAUUACUGUGGCCUGCUCCAUGCUCUGGCUCUACAAACAGGUCCUUGAGCCGUCUUUCCGUCAGCCUUACACCAACGUCACUCGCUGGUUUGUCACCUGUGUCAACCAGCCAGAGUUCAAGGCUGUCCUUGGAGAGGUCAAGCUGUGUGAAAAGAUGGCCCAGUUUGAUGCCAAGAAGUUUGCUGAGCUGCAGCCCAAGAAAGAAACUCCUCCUAAGAAAGAGAAGGGAGGAAAAGAGGCAGCCAAGCCCCAGGAAAAGAAGAAAAAGGAAGACAAAAAGGAGGAGAAAAAGCCCGCUCCAGAAGAGGAGAUGGAUGAUUGUGAUGCGGUUUUGGCUGCUGAGCCCAAAGCCAAGGACCCCUUUGCACACCUGCCAAAGAGCCCAUUUGUCAUGGAUGAGUUCAAGAGAAAGUAUUCCAACGAGGACACCAUGAAAGUAGCCCUUCCCCACUUCUGGGAGCACUUCGACCGAGAGGGUUACUCAAUCUGGUACUGCCAGUACAAAUACCCUGAGGAGCUUACACUUACCUUCAAGAGCUGCAACCUUAUCACAGGUAUGUUCCAGCGCCUGGACAAACUCAGAAAGAAUGCCUUCGCCAGUGUCAUCUUGUUUGGCACCAACAAUGACAGCAGCAUCUCUGGCAUCUGGGUCUUCAGAGGCCAGGACCUGGCCUUCACUCUGUCUCCAGACUGGCAGAUCGACUAUGAAUCAUAUGACUGGCGCAAGCUGGAUGUUGACAGCGAGGAGUGCAAGACCAUGGUAAAGGAGUACUUUGCCUGGGAGGGAGACUUCAAGCAUGUGGGUAAAGCCUUCAACCAGGGCAAGAUCUUCAAGUGAGAGGACACUGGAACAGUCUGGAUGAAAGCACUGCGCUUCUGCUCUCCAGCACUUAAAACCUAUGGACUUUCAGCCACAACGUGCUUACUUUCCUGCAAGAAUGAGUGUUUUGAAGACAAGUGAAUUUUGUCUGUGGCCCCAAACUGGUUUUUUGUUUUGACCUGCGAAAUAAAGCAUUUUCCACGAUGCCAUCUAUGGGAUUUGA